GGGUCGGGCAACGAAAAGCCAACACAAGCUGCUGGCACAGCCGGUGGUAGUGGCUCUGGCUCUGGCUCUGGGUCAGUGCACCAAUCGGCAGGCAAUAUUGUACCAUCUGGAUCUCCAUCUGUUCAGAGUCCAAUGGACACUGCAUCUCCAGUCAAUGGUAUUCAUAGUAGCCAAACACCACACUCUGUACCUUCACAAGCUCAACAACAAGGACAAGCACAAGCACAAGCACCAUCAUCACGUCAACAGGCUGCCACGACUGUUCUAUCACCUUCUGGUUCCUCUGUUAACAACAACGGCAGUGGGUUCAGCAGCACGCAAACAGCAUCUGUCCUACAGGGUAAGGGUGCUUCGAUUGGAGUUGCUUCUUCCAGUAUUGUAUUCUCAAUGAUUGCA